AUGGCAGCUGCGCUGUCAUCGCCCUCUCCCAAGGCAUCCGUUACCCAGCCUGCUCAUGACAUGCAGCCGCGCUCGACCUCAGAGGUCCUGCUGGUCUGUGUGAUGCACGACAGUCCGCGUCUUCGAGCCGCGUGGGACGAUGUGUUUGUGCGCACCGUCGAGCCCCUGUGCCAUUCUUUCGCACGCCUGUACAGCUCUUCGUGCGUCAUGGUGGGCGGCGUCAUAUACCGUUCCAGGUCAUCCCGUGACUUCGCGUCACCACUGCAUCCACUCGAGUCGCUUUCGUAUAUCCCCUUUGUCCCCAUCCGGCACUUUUUGCCACGCGUGCGCUCUGCGUUGUGUGCUGAAUGCAUGUACACACUCGACCAACUCGAUGGAGCUCAACUCGAGUCGCCCCUCGCAGAAGCCCUGGCAGCGACGAUCGAUUUACUGGACCGACAGGAAACGCGUCCUCAGGUCAUUCCCUUUGCGCGCGCAGCUAUGCGUUCCAAAGACACCCAGGUCGUAGCACGGCACUUGAUGCAUGUUGUCGCGCUCGACACGAAUCUGGUCGUCACGCCUAUGGGACAAAAUGGGCCACAUGAGCUGCCCGCCUUCUCCAAGCGGCUGCACCCGCACCUGCAUGCACAAUCGAGACUCGACAUGUGCACGUAUUCGGACUUGGUGCAUGAUAUAAAUAAGCGGCCCAUGAGCUUCAGUACGAUCGUGUAUGCUGACACUGCUGUGCCUGCCGAGACACGCGCCUCCCUCACUCAAACGGCGCACGAUACCCUUUGCUUAUCUCGUUCCGCGGAUGAUCGCGUCAGUCCCAGCGAUCUCUUAGGUGCCCAGGGCUCGAUACCCGCUACUAUAUCCGCAUACAUAAGCGGAGCAGAAGUCACGCGCUUGCUCAGAAAGCGCUCCAGCCCUGAUACGGCCUCGGAAGCGCCCAACAAGCGGUCGCGGCUGCCCCACACGCCACUCACACCGACGUUCAAGAUGGACCAGGCAUCGUUCAACAAAAUUAUCAUGAUUCAGCAGCAGCAAGCGAAAAUGCUCAAGAAUCUUGCGCAAUACGUAGCUCUUGGCCAGACACCUGGCUCCAACAUGCCGUCCAAAGCGCUGGAUCAAUUCCGACAGCGGAUUGCGGCGCAACAACUCGCACUCAAGCACCAGGCUGAGCGCCUUCGAGCCAACAAACCACUGGACCUCUCUCCCAUCAUACAUGCGCUUGCAACCAUUACGGCGGAUGCGAAGGAGUGGGGUAUUCAUCUUGGCGGCUCCAACGAGCAGGCGCCUGCUGCACCCCGAGCUUCCGAGGAGACGGCCCGGUCUCAGCUCGCUUGGCAAGGCAUGAUGCAAUGGAACACAUCGUCUCAGUCUAGUCCCCUUUGUACGCUUGUCACAGCAACAUGUGGCCACGCGCAAGUCAAGCAAAACCUCCAGUUGCCUUGGCCCUCGAUGAUGACAAUCAACGGUUUCUUCACAAUAGACCCUGCGCGGCUGCAGCAGUAUUUCACGCAGCAUCGUUUACCGUGUGCGCUUCUCUCGUUGUGUGCUCUGCCUUCGUCGGCGCCCAUCCAGAAUGCCGAGUACAACGCCGCGAACUACCGAAGCCUAGCCACGAUGCUCGAGCAGAACAAGCGUGCAGCAUAUAUCCAACAUGGUGCACCUGAAUGUGGCAUUGUCAUUGUAGCGCUGUCGUCAGCGCGACUACCGCCGACACAGGCAGCGCACGCGCCGCGUUUGCUCGCCAUUGUGUUUCAUGCACCCAUUCCUUUUGCCGAGCUCGGCGCGCCUACCACAUCGAGUACCUCAAACACCCGUGGUAUGAUUUCAGUACCUCCUAGCUCAAGUACAUCAUUCCCCGCACCGUUCAUGUCAAAUCCUUUUCCCGGCAUGGCAGCACCCACUGCUGUGCCUGCCAUGCCACAACCGAUGUCUCUCCCUCCCGGCUCAUUGAGUCCCAUGUCCGCUCAAGUUAUGGGCGCUCCCGCUACCGCCAUGCCAAAUUCCUCGCUGAUGACAAGAAACGCUGCCCCUUCCUCUAUGAUGCCCUCCUUCGUUGGCACGCAAGACCUGCUGUCAGCAGAGCAGCUGGCCUCGUCCUUAGGCCUGCCCCCUAUGUAG